AUGGUUACUGCUUCGUACGCCUUUUUUGAGGCUCUGGUUGAGGCCGGGGUAACUCAUUGCUUCGUAAAUCUGGGGUCCGAUCAUCCUUCUAUUCUAGAAGCUUUGAUUACACUUAAGAAAGAGAAUAAAGGUCCAGAAGUUAUAAUGGUAGCUCUAUCCAUGGCGGAUGGUUAUGCUCGUUUAACCGGUAAACCUCAAUGUGUAAUCGUACACGUCGACGUAGGAACUCAAGGUCUCGGAGCUGCCGUUCACAAUGCUUCAUGUGGACGAGCACCUGUUCUCAUAUUCGCCGGUCUAUCACCCUAUACAAUUGAAGGAGAAACGCGAGGUUCACGAACAGAAUAUAUUCAUUGGAUUCAAGAUGUACCGAAUCAAGCUGAGAUCGUCAGACAAUAUUGUCGAUAUUCAAUGGAGAUUAAGACGGGGAAGAAUAUCAAACAAAUGGUUAAUAGGGCACUUCAAUGGGCUACUAGUGCUCCUGCUGGUCCAGUAUAUUUGUAUUCUGCCAGAGAGGUUAUGGAAGAGGAAAUAGAUGAUUAUGAUUUGGUUCAGGAACAUUGGAAUGCAGUGGAACCAGCUGCACUUUCUGAAAGUUCAGUUGCUACGAUAUCAGAAGCUUUGGUCAAUGCAAAGGAACCAUUGAUCAUCACUGGCUAUAGUGGUCGAAAUCACAAGUCAGUAGGAGCUUUAGUUGAAUUGGCGGAUACAGUAAAAGGCCUUCGCGUGUUGGAUACUGGUGGUAGUGAUAUGUGUUUUCCAGCUGAUCAUCGUGCUUGGUUGGGUUUGAGAUAUGGGAGUGAUAAAGCUAUUGAAACUGCUGAUGUUAUUCUGGUCAUUGAUUGUGAUGUACCAUGGGUCAAUACUUUAUGUCAUCCUUCAAAAUCAGCAAAGAUAUUCCACAUUGAUGUUGAUCCACUCAAACAACAAAUGCCAGUAUUCUACCUUGCCGCACUUUCACGCUACAGAGCAGACAGUUACACAUCUAUAACUCAAUUAACAAAAUACAUGAAAAUUGCUGGUAAUUUCCCCAACGCACUCUCCUCUAAACUAUACACCGAGCGAUGGGAAGCACUCGCAAAAGACCACACCAAACGCAUCGAAGCUAUCACUGCAUCCUCAAAGGUUCAAGAAGAUGGUUCAUUCGGCACUGGCUACCUUUGUCAACAACUCCGCAAGAUUGUCCCAGCUGAUACAAUCUUCGCCAUCGAAGCCGUAACCAACACCGUUUUUGUAGCAGACAAUAUUCAAGCUACUCUUCCCGGUUCUUGGAUUAAUUGUGGAGGUGGAGGAUUGGGAUGGUCAGGAGGAGGAGCUUUAGGUAUUAAAUUAGCUACUGAGCUUGAGAAUGGGAAAGGCAAGGGGAAAUUCGUCGUGCAAAUUGUAGGAGAUGGAACAUUUUUGUUCUCAGUUCCUGGAAGUGUUUAUUGGAUUUGUCAGAGAUAUGGUAUUCCUGUUCUUACUAUCGUGCUGAAUAACAAGGGCUGGCACGCUCCCAAACGAUCUCUUCUUUUAGUUCAUCCAGAUGGAAUUGGAUCCAAGGCUACAAACGAAGAUCUAAACAUUUCCUUUGCACCUCAAGUUCCUGAUUACGCUGGAAUAGCUAGAGCUGCAUCUGGAAAUAGUGUCAUGGCCGAGAAAGUUUCCAAAGCUAGUGAAUUGGAGAGUGUUCUUUUAAAGGCGGUGGAGUGUGUUAAGGGAGGAACGACAGCAGUCGUAGAUGCAAUUGUUGUGCCUGGGUGUUAA